AUGGCGCUGGCCAACCUUUUCACCGUGUACUCCAUCGAGUUCCUUGUCCGUUCGAAGUUCAACCUCAUGCAGAUUGCAGUGGAUCGAGGAGGUGUCGGCAUGGGGCUGCUGACCUUGGUGUCUUUCGCCAUGGCCUUCGCCGCGCUGGCCACCUCCCUCAUCCAUGGGCUCGCGCCGGACACCGGGGGCUCGGGCUCCGUUGAGAACAAGAGCUGGCUCAAUGGUUUCAACAUGUCCUCGCAGUUCACGAAGCGCAACCUCGUGGUCCGCGCCAUUGCCGUGGUGCUCUCCAACGCUACCGGGUUUCCGGUGGGCCGCGAGGGGCCCACCGUGACCAUGGGAAGCAACAUGGCCUUCUUGCUGUGCCGCGUGGUUGCGGAAACGCGCUCCUACGCGAAGGAGUGGGUCGACUUGCAGGGAGGCUCCGCGGGUGCGUUGGCCGACGAGCGCUUCUUCGCGCGCGCGGCGCGCGUGGCCUGCAUCGUGGGCGGCGCCUGCGGGAUGGCGAUGAUCUUCGACUCCCCUUUGGGAGGGAUCUUGUACAUGUUUGAAGAAGUGACCAGCGUUGCCUGGCCGGUGGAGCUGACGUUCAAGGCCGUGGUCGGCUGCACCAUCUGCACGUCGGUGUCCUAUGCACUGCUGAAAGUCUGCAGAUCGAGCAUUCGGGAGUUUGUGAUUUUCGAGAUGUGGUACGGCACCAACCACCCUGACUGUUCUGCGAAUGAUCUGCCGGGCUUCAUCAUUUUGUCUGCUUUCCUGGGCGUUUUGUCGCCUCUACACACCAAGCUAUGUCUAAAGGUGCUCGACUGGCGCAAGCGGAUCCACUCCGGCCCCUUUCUCAGAAAGUACCAACCCUGGCCUAAGAUGGUGGAGACCGUUGCCUACGCGGCUCUUUGCGCCUUUGUCGUUGCGCUAACAAGCCUGCUGGGGACCUGUUCGCCACUUCCGGACAGCACCCACGAGUUGAGCUAUGUCCAGUACCAGUGCGCCCAGGGCAGGUACAAUCCGACUGCAUCACUGCUGCUGACGACUGCCGAAGGCGCGGUCAAGCGGCUUUUCAAUCGGCAGAAUCAUGGUGCUUUUGGGAUGCUGCCGCAAUUCACUGCGUUCAUUGCGUACACCACUUUGAACAUUUGCUUCGCUGGGGUGCCCGUGCCCUCUGGGAAUUUUACUGGCACCAUGCUGAUUGGUGGGCUGGCGGGUAGGCUUUUCGGGCGCUGCCAAGAGAAGCUCCUGCCGGAAGUGGCCCUGGCAUCCGCAGGUAUUUAUGCCAUGGUCGGCGCAGCGGCAAUGCUAUGCAGCUUCAAGCACAUGACCCUGGCCGUGGUUGUGUUUAUUAGCCAGGCUGCCAACAAUAUUCUGCUGGUGCCCGUGCUGAUGUGGGCGGUGACCGUGUCCCUUUUGGUCAACAAGAUCCUUGGCUCCCCUAUUGCUUUCGACGAGGCCCAGAUCUUGAGGAAGAAGGUGCGCUACCUCGCGCCGGAGCCCUGCAAACCAGUUCGCCACCUGGUCGCGCGGCAGCUGAUUGACGACCUGCCCCCCGAAGCCUGCCUCCCUGCCCGGCCGACCUCAGCAGAGGUCGUGGAGGCACUCAGUGAGACACAGGCACCCUUCCUCCCAGUUUUCACAUCACGCGCCGGCGCUCGCAGGUGUUUGGGACUGGUGCCCCGCACGCGACUGGACGCCGCGAUACGGGCUGCGGACGGAGGCAUCGUUCCGGCAGACAGCCUUGCGGAUCCUCCGAACAUCACGAUUCUGGCCGAUGCCCCUGCCGACUCUUUCUACGUCCUCUUUGCCAAGGCACAGCUCCGAGCCGCGUGCGUUGUCACCGCCUCGGGAGACUACUAUGGCGUCAUCUCCCGCGCAGGCCUCGCAAAGACUGCGAUGGCCCUUGAGGAGGGGCUGGAAUUGGAGCCCAUGGACGACGUGCAGUCUGGAGACGAUGUGUCGGAGGGCUCGGAGACUGAGAGUAGUGGCAAAGAGAGUGAAGCUUUAGGGCCUUUAGGGGCCGAGACUUUUCGUGGCGCAGCUGCAACGCGGGUGUGA